AUGACUUCAAGGAGAGCCGACACAGACGCCAUGAGCCAAACAGCCGUCAUACGAGGAAACAACGAUCACAUACAGUCGAGCCGCGACACCCACGAGGGUCAGCCAGUUCGAUAUGCGAGUGCGCAAGAAUGGGCGGAGCACAAGGAGGAGAUCCGACACUUGUACAUGGAGGAGGAAAUGCCCCUGCAGCAAGUGAUCACUGUUAUGAAGGAAAAUUACAACUUCCAUGCGACGGCCAAGAUGUACAAGACCAGACUCAGAUUCUGGGGUUUUCGGAAGAACAUCUCACUCAGAGAUGGUCUAGAUAGCGAUGCUGUGCAUCGGGCGCUUAGUGACAACCAUCGUGGCCCAGUCAGGCUGCCAAAUGGUCAAGUGGUGGACAGCAGCCGUCUUGCUACACACAUGCGGCGUAGAUUACAGGGCAGGGGCGCCCUCGCGAGACAAGGCACGACGCAGAUGCCGCACCUGCAAGCCGUGCGGCCGCCGAACACAUUCUACAUUUCCGAGGCCGUCCUAUUCAGCGUUCGCUCAUAUAUAAUGGGCUUGUACCAAGGCACAGUCACCACCGGGGAAGCCCUCGACGAGCUACGGUGGAGCAACGCCGGCGCCAAGUGGUCAAGAUUCGCCUAUGCAGUAAAGGCCGCGCUGAGCGAGGACAAAUUCAACCAGGCCCUCGUGCUGAUGAGGCAGGCCCCGGAGGAAAUCAGGCUGCUGAUUCAGGAUCAGCCGGCCAAUCUUCUCAGUCAGCUCUUGCUCUUUAUAGUGCAUGCCACCCGGCGACAAUUCUCGGAUGAAGCCCAGAGGACACAAUUCCUGAUCGUGGUUAGGUCCCUGAUCAAUUACGGCGAAUCGGUCGCCGCUCAUAACCCUGCACUCCGCCUGCCGCCGAACCAACCCCUGCGCCAACUGCUGCGGGCCUUGAGUCAAUCGAACCUAGAAAAGAACGACCUCAACCAACUGGCGACCCAAGCCUGGAGACUAAGCCUGUCGACAUGGGACGACAUGGUCCCAGAAAGCACCACCGCGCUGGGGGAAUGGAUGAACUUCAGCAACGUGGGCGGCCUCAGCGGCCUCCCGACCAACUUCGGCACCAGGAUCGAGCAGAGCCUGGCGAGCCUCGAGGCCAGGUACGGGGAGCGCGACGAGCGGUGCAUCAAGACCCUGCGGCUGAAGGCCGAGUACAUCCUGACGGUCGACGACGACCGCGGGAUAAACGAGAUGCUCGACGACAGGGUCCGCGACAUCUUCGUGGAGGUGCUGCGGCGUGGGGCCGAGGGCGUCCCGAGGCUGGUCGCGUACAGGUACAUCGCGGAUUAUCACCGGGAGCGCGGCGAGCAAGAACUGGCCGAGGAGAAUUUGCGCAGCUCCAUUGAUGUCAUGCGCGAGAAUUUCGGCGAGUCGGACCUCAUGGUGUUGACCUAUGUCUCUAACCUUGAGACGUGGCUGACGGAGUGGGGGAAGACUGAGAAGGCAGCUCAGGCUGGUCGAUGGCGCGAGGAGCUGCAAAUCGCCGCUGAUAAGAAAGCUAGAGAGGACUCGGACCAGUAA